AUGUCCAUCUUCGCCUGGGCCUCGCGCCGUGCAGGCGGCCUGGCCAUGCUGGCCUUGCUGGCCCUGAGUUACUACGUUAUUUCAACAGAAUCAGCUGCCUCGGCAUUCAAAUACAUUCAUCAGGACAAGGACAGCCUUUCACCCAUCUCUUCGACGACCAAGGGCGCUGGCUACUGGACCGUCAUCUUCGUAUACUACUGCCUGUUUAUUCACGUCCUCGUCUUCGCCUUCCCCAUCCGAUGCUGCUACGCUGUCUUCGACAUGACCCGCAACCUGAAGAAGAUUGCACGGAACAAGACUCUGAGGGACUACAAGUUCUCCCAUCGCCGUCGGGGCUCCUCCACCUCUCUGUCCAGUUCAGAGACCCUGACAUCCUCCCACGGUUGCUCCGCCUCCAGCAGCGAAGCUGGCGACACCGAGCCCGAGCUCUACACCGAUGGCGACGGCGAACCCGAUCGCGUCAUUCACGCCAUCGUCAUUCCCAACUACAAGGAGGAGAUGGACACCCUGAAAGAGACCCUCGAGGUUCUGGCCUCGCACCCCCAGGCCCGCAGCUGUUACGAUGUCUACCUCGGCAUGGAGCAGCGUGAGCCCAAUGUGGAACUCAAGGCCAUGACCCUCAUCCAAGAAUUCGUCAAGAAGUUCCGCAGCAUCGACUACACCAUUCAUCCUUCCGACAUUCCUGGAGAGUCCGCUGGCAAGGGAAGCAACGUGGCAUGGGCUGCCCGCAAGUUGAGCCAAAAAUACUCAAUGACCGCCCGCAAGGAUGUGAUCAUUACGGGUAUCGACGCCGACAGCCACCUCUCGGCCAACUAUUUCGCCCUGCUUACUACCAUGCACCUGUCCUACCCCGAAACAGCAAAGACAACCUUGUACUCGGCCCCAAUCAUUUUCGACCGCAAUGCUCAUGCCGUUCCCGCCAUCGUCCGUGUCGCCGAUAUUCUCUGGGGUGCUGGUGGUAUGUCUGGAUUGUACGGUGGCUCCACCAUUGCGCCUCCCACUUCCGUCUACUCUGUUCCUCUUGAGCUCGUCGACCGCGUCGGCGGCUGGGAUUGUGACAACGAGGCUAUCGGAGAGGAUCUGCACAUGUACCUGAAGUGCUUCUUCGCCCUCAACGGAAACCUGACGGUCAGAACUAUUCUCAGCCCCGUCAGCCAAAGCAACGUCUGCGGAAAUGGCUCCAAGGGUCUGCGUGGUCUUUACUCUGAUAUGCAGGCUCGCUACAAGCAGGCCAUGAGACACAUGUGGGGUGCUCUCGAUACCGGAUACGCUCUUCGCAAGGUCGUAGAACUCUGGCAAGAGCGCAAGCACACCUCCCGCGCUUUCCGCCCGCUGCACACCUCCCUGGGCGACGCCUCCGACGUCUACGUCCCUGAGGCUCCGUUGGAUCACGAAAACCCGGAGCAGCCUCGCGAGAGCGGUAUCUUCUCCGACGUCACCCACGAUACCCUGCAGGCCCCCAACUGGGAGCGCAUAGUCUACUUGUUCCACCGCUUGUUCGAGGCCCAUUUCCUGCCGUUGCAGAUGACCAUCCUUGUCGUCGCCUCGACCUUGUACAUCUGGGUUACUGAGGGCAAUGAAGAGGUCGCUCACCUCGGCUGGAUCUUUAACGUCUGCAACGUUCUGCGCACUCUUGGGUUCAUGGAGAUCGCCCUGUACCUGUUCUUGUACGAGAGCUUCCACCGUAUCUGCGUCAAGGCUCGCCAGCGUGAGAUGUCCGAAGCCGGCCUUUCCGACGGCAUGAACUUCUCCUACCGCAGCGUCAAGAAGAACUUCAUCGACUACGCCAUGGUCCCGUUGGUGGCUCCCAUCUACGGAGCCAUUCCUUGCGCCCAGGCGCAACUGUGCCAUUUCUGGACACUGGACCUUGUCUACUCGGUCAGCAAAAAGGUCACAAGACAAAGGGCGAAAUCGCUCUCGGCAGACCAAAUGGCGUAA